AUGGGAAAAUUCUUAGGUGGAAGGGGUAAUUUAGGCAUUUUAAAUACUUUAAGAAGACAAAUAAUAUAUCUAAUAAAUUGGGAAAUAAAUUUUAAUAAUAAAAAUGAAAAGUUAAUUUUACAAUUAUUAGGACUUCUUGUUCAAAGUGUAACAUCAGAUCAUUAUAGAAGUAUUACUGCACUUGAAAUUUUACAAUGUUUAGAUUAUGUAAUGAAAAUAUUAAUAUCUAACAAAACAAGAAAUAAUUGGAUUUUACUUUUAAAUAAUAUUGGUAAACAUAAUUUAAUAAUAAGGGAAUAUAUAAUGAAUAGUAUUAUUAGUAUUUUUAAUUUUAAUGAACAAUAUUUAGCUUUACAAGAUUUAGAAUCAAAAGGAAUAAGAUGGAAAAUGAUAAAUAAUCCAAUUUAUUUAAUAUUAAGUUUAUUAUUAAAAGAAGGAAAUAUUAAUAUAGAAGAAGUAAAGAAUUGUAUGAAAUAUUGUUUAGAUUCUAAUAUUAUUUUACCACAAAUAAUUUUGGAGUUAUAUUUAAUAUCAUUACCUAUUAAGAAUUUAUUACAACAUCCAAAUUUUCAAAUGACUAAAACUUUUUUUUAUAUAAUAAUAGAUAAAGCAACUAAUAAAAUAAUUGAUUCAAAAUAUGAUAAUGAAUAUUUAGAUUUUUUAUUUGAAAAUGAAUUUAAUUUAAUAUUAAAAAAAUUAUCAGAAUUAUGUGGUGAUCCUUGUAAAGUGAAGAUUAUCUAUAAAUUAAUAGAAUUAUCAAAUAAGAUAUAUUUAAAUAAUAAUAAUUAUUAUAAAAAUUAUAGAUUAUCAUUAUUAAUAUGUUUUAUUAUUAAUUUAACAUUUAAAAUGAUUGAAAUAACUCCUUGGGAUAUUUCAUUAUGGAUAUGUAUGAAAUAUUUAUUAUCUCAAAUAUUAAUAUACUUUAUAUCUUCAGAUAUUAUAGAUAUAAAAUUUAAUUUAAAUAAUAUAACAAAAGAUUUAUAUUAUAAAUAUAAUUUAAUAAAUAAAUUUCAAUUAACUUCAGAAGAUAUCGAUCAUUUUAAAUAUUUAUUAAAUUCAAUUUUAAUUAGUAAUAAAUUAUAUUUCAGAUAUUAUUAUUUUGGUAAAUUUAAUGACAUUAUAACAAAUAUACAGAAAAUAAAAUUUAAUGUAUAUUCAAUGAUUUGUAUGUUGUAUUAUCUUACUUAUAAUAAUAAAGAUUCUUCAUUUAAUAAAUAUUUUACUUAUAAACAACAUAUGAGUAUUUUUAAAGAUAUUGUACCAAAUUUUAAAUUAAAAUUAUCUACAAUAUAUUUUUCUUCAUUGGUUUGUAAUAUUUCAUGGAUUUUUGAUGAAUAUCCAAAAGAUGAUUUUAUUAAGAAUUAUAUAGAUAAAAUAUUUCAAUUUAAACCUGAUUUAUUUGAUGAUUAUCAUGUUUUUAAAGAAUUGUGGUUAAGAUAUAUGAAGUCUAGGAUGUAG